CAUCGCACGCGAGGCCAUUUCAUCGCAGCCCUAAUAUGCAGAGAGACACGAUGCUGCAUUAUGCAGCGAAAUACUGUUAUUGAGCACCCAAUUCAAUAGUUAACCGAGUGGUGGCGCAAUGUCGACGUGCGGCGGGCGGGGCACAACGCCGAGCGUGCGCUGGGACCCCGAGGUCGCCGCCUACUUCUCUGCCUGCUUCGGCCCCUCGCGGCUGGCAGCCAUGUCGGCGGCCCUGGCGCGGCCCAGUCUCACGCCCAGCCUGAGAGUCAACACGCUGCGGGCGCGGCCGCAGGAUGUGGUAAAGCGGCUGACGGAACUGCAACAGCAGCAGGAGGAGGAGGAGCGGCAGCAGCAGCGCCGCCGCCGCCUAGCGCAGCUCGCCGUGGCGCCGCCGGCUUCGGGGCUGGCAGUAGCAGGAGCAGCGGCAGUAGCAGUAGCAGUAGCAGGAGAGGCGGCUGGAAAAGGCGGCUGCGGCGGUGAUGGUGAUGGUGAUGGUGACGAUGGCGGCGGCGGCGGCGGCGGCGGCGGCGGCGGCGGCGGCGGCGGCUGGCGGCGGCCGGCGCCACGUCAGCACCGCGUGCUGGGGGAUGCGGUGAUGCUGUCGGGCCGCGGGCCGCGGGCGGUGUCGUAUAGCGCAGGCAUGAAGGAGGCGGUGGUGAACCGCUUUGCGGCUGAGGCAGUGCUCAAGGGUGCACACGUGUACGCCCCCGGCCUGCUGGCCGCUUCCCCCGGCAUUGCGGAGGGGGAGCUGGUCGCCGUGAGCGCCGCCCUGGAGCGACCCGUGCCGCCACACCCCGGCAGCAGCAGCCGCAGCAGUAGCAGCAGCAGCAGCAGUAGCAGCACCAGCAGCAGCAGCAGCAGGAGUCCGAAGCAGCAGCAGCAGCAGCAGCAGCAGCAGCAGCAGCAGGCGGGCGGCAGUGGCAGUGGCACGGCGGCGCCGGCUGCUGCUGCUGCCGCUGGUACGGGCGUGGUGGUUGAGAGAGAAGACAUGCAGGGGCAGGGGGUGCCGGCGGAGGAGGGGGAGGAGGAGGGGGGGCAGGGGGGGCAGGGGGAGGAGGAGGAGGGGGAGGACACAGACGCGCUAGCGGCGGUGGCGGAUGCGGUGGAGGCUGGCCUGGACGCCGAUGCAGUGCCUGCGGGUUGGAGCGGCAGUAGCAGUAGCAGCAGCGGCAGUGGCAGUGGCAGUAGCAGCUCCGUCAAGGGGAGAAAGGGGAAGGCACAGCCGCGGCGGCGGCGGCUGGUGGUGGGCAUUGCGCGCGGCGCGGCAGUGGGCGGCGACGGGCGAGUGGAGCUGGCAUGGGCCAAGCAGCUGCGGCAGCAGGGGCCCAAGGGCGGGAGCAGCGCUGCUGCUACUGCUGAUGCUACUACAACAGAAGCUGCUGCUGCUAUUGCCACGGACCGUGCUGCUACAGCCUCUGCCGACGCCGCCCCCACCGAAGACGGCAGUUGCUACAGCCUGCCUAGCGAGCGGCUGUACCUGGGGGUGGCGGUGGCGGCGGGCGGGCGGCGGGCGCUGUUCCGCAGUAGCCGGGGGCUUGUACUGCAGAUGACGGACCGGCUGUACGACGUGCCCUCAUGCAAUGGCCUGCUGCGUGGUGAGGUGAUGCUGCAGGCGCUGCCCUCCAUUGUGGCAGUAGCAGCCCUCACCGGACAAGCCAGCGGACCACAGCAACAGCAGCAGCAGCAGCUACAGCCGGGGGAACAGCAGCAGCAGCAGCAGCAGCAGCAGCUACAGCUACUGCCGCGAGAGGCACGGGUGUUGGACAUGUGUGCGGCGCCUGGCGGCAAGAGCACGGCACUGGCGGCGGCGGUGGCGGCGGUGGGCGGGCGGGUGGUUGCGUUGGACCGGACACACAACAAGAUUCGCGAGAUCACCUCGCUGGCCGCCGACCUUGGCGUGACCCCCUGGCUGGAGGCGUACAAGCACGACGCCACACAGGCUGUAGCAGGGCAGGAGGAGGCUGUAGCAGGGGGCCAGGAGAAGGCUGUAGCAGCCGACGAGGGGCCUGAGGCUGUAGCAGCAGCCAAGCCAGCGGCGUCAGGCGCAGGCGCCCAGCACCCACAUACCAAAUCCCAAAACACACAGCCGCUGCCACAGCCCCACUCCUCCCAAACGCCCGCCCCCGGAACGCCCGGCCCCGCCCCCGGCCCCGCCGCCGCCGCCGGCCCCGCCCCCGCCCCCGGCCCCGGCCCCGGCCCCACCCCCGCCCCCGCCCCCGGCACCGAGCCCCCCGAGUCAGAAGGGGCCGUGUCCGGCGGGUUCGUGCCGUGUCCGCCUCUGUGCCCUCCUCUGGGCCCCCCGCCCUACCCGGCCGGCUCCUUCCAGGCGGUGCUGCUGGACCCGCCCUGCUCCGCGCUGGGGCUGCGGCCGCGGCUGAUGCACUCGUGGAGCCUGGCACAGCUCCGCGCCCUGGCUGCCUACCAGCGCUCCCUGCUGGUCACGGCUGUAGCAGCCCUGGCGCCCGGCGGUACACUGCUGUACUGCACGUGCACGAUCAGCCCGCAGGAGAACGAGGCCAACGUGGCGUGGGCGCUGGACAGAUACGCGGGCGCCCUCCAGCUGGAGCCCGCCGCGCCGCUGCUGGGGCUGCCGGGUCUGACGGGGGCGGACCCACACACCGGGGAGCGCUGGCUGAGCCCAAAGGAGGCAGACAUGGUCCAGCGUUUUGAUCCGGGGCUGCUGCUGCCAGGCCGGCGCAUGGCACCGGAGGAGCAACUGCAGGCGCAGCAGGAGCAGGAGCAGCAGCAGGAGGGUGUGGGGGAAGGCGGGAGGAAGCGGGCGGGCGGAAGUGGCGAGACAGGCGGCGGGGAGGAGGGGGAUGACGUGAUGGGGUUCUUCAUUGCACGAUUCCGCAAGAUGCGGUGAGGCUCAUUUGCCUGCCUGUCGCGGCCUCAAGGGUGGCGGGCUCCAGGCUAGGCCGUGGGUUGCCUCCGUGACCAUCGACGGGUUAACGUUGUGGAUGCACGGCCGAGAUUAGAGCGAGCGUCUGCGGCGAGGCACGCUGGAUGGCGGCGUGCUGAAUGGUGUUGGAGUGCUGGACCGGCGUUUGUGUGCGGUUGUAUGGUGCAGGGGCGUCGUCGGAGCGCGCGUCAGGGUGGUGUGCGCCUUUGUGUGGCUGUGUACAUGUGUGCCUGCGUACGGUGCCUGCAUGUGUGGCUGUGUGGCUGCGUGCCGGCUCUCGUGAUACGACCUCUACCCCAUGCUCCCUGUAUCAGGGGUUGGGAAUUGGGAUGACUCGCAAGUAAUAAGCCCUGUUGGGCCGGCGCUUUUGGGGUCAUUCUAUAGUUCACGACACCGGCCUGGCGAGGGUGUGGCGGCCGCCUGAUUGCGACACCAUUGCGGGUUGCGCCUCGUGGGUCGUGACGUCGUGACGUUGGGUCAAAGCGGCCUGGCGGUUCGCUCACCUGCCCGUGCAACGGGCAUUGUUGCAUCAAUCUCAUUAAUGGG